AUGAAAAACCUCCUCCUAGCAACCGAAAUCAUUAAGGACUGCCAUAAAGAUUCGAUUACUCCUCGAUGUGCAAUGAAGAUUGGUAUUUCGAAGGCCUUUGACUCGGUUCAAUGGAGUUUUCUCCUCACUACACUGAGAGCAUUAGACUUUCUUGAGCAAUACGUCUUAUGGAUAAAAACUUGCAUAACAACCGCUUCUUUUUCUGUACAAGUUAAUGGAGAAUUGGCUGGCUACUUUGGUAUUAUGAGAGGACUACGUCAAGUCUGCUCCCUCAGUCCCUAUCUAUUUGUUAUCAGUAUGAAUGUUUUAUCCCGCAAAUUAGACAUGGCAGCGGACGAUUUGAUGGUAUUUGUUAGAGGAGACAAUACAUCAAUCCAAGUUCCAUUGGGGGUAUUUGAUGUUUUUGCCACUCACUCUGGUCUACGAAUCAGUCUUGAGAAAUCAACUUUAUAUAUGGCGGGUGUCUCUCAGGCUUGUAUCCACGAAAUAGAUAAAUUGUGUUCUGCUUUCUUGUGGUCUGGUCCUGCUUUGAAUGUAAAGAAAGCAAAAGUCGCUUGGUCGGAAGUCUGUCUUCCAAAGAGUGAAGGUGGUCUGGGACUCCGCUCUCUUGAAGAAGCUAACAAGUUGAGUGUCCUCAAACUGAUUUGGAGACUUUUAUCUGCCAAGGGUUCAUUAUGGGUUGACUGGGUGAAAAGAUAUCUCAUUCGCAGUGGCUCUCUAUGGGCGGAAAAGGAAAGUAAAGCAAUUGGAUCAUGGAUUUGUAAGAAACUACUGAAAUACAGAGACAUAACAAAACAGUUUCACAAGGUAGAGGUGAAGAAUUGGGAAUCUACCACUUUCUAG